AUGAACUGGUUUGUUUCAUUUCUACUAGCUGUAUUGUAUGCGUCGUUUUCCUAUGCGUUCGACUGCUCGCUGAAAGAGCUCCAGGGAUACGAUUUGCAAGGUUUGAAAGGUGUAUACUCCGCGUCGAACUCGAGAAACACUCCUCCUUCUAAGACUACCAUCGACUGGCUGAUUGCUGUUUGUGAAGACCUUUCGCUGGUUUCAGAUUGCGAUAAAGACGCUGACAUCUGUGGCAAAAAAACCAUUGUCAAUGGCGACAAGAGCUUGUUAGCUGAAGUCUACAACUUCAAAUACAACCCGCUGACUGCUAUAAGAAAGUUGGGUAACAAUGGCGACGAAGGUUUCGCCAUAGAUUACGAUCUCGUUUGGGGCGACGAUAACAACCUUCGUGCCAGCAUGGUGUUCAUGUGUGUGCCGGAGAAAGAGGCUACCAAAGAGUUUGAGUCUCGUUGGGAUAACAGGUGGCUCACGACGACAAUCAAAUCGGAUAAGGCUUGUCUCAAGGCCAACAGAAAGCCAAACCCGGGCAGUGGCAACGAUAAUGGCGAGUCGUGGGGGUGGUUUACGUGGAUCUUCAUUUUCAUGGUACUUUUCCUCAGUAUCUACAUCAUCGGCGGUGCAUGGUUCCAGUACAAUAAGGGCAACGCCAUCGACUUCCUGCUGGCGUUGAAGGAAGUGUUGGAGAAUUUUGUUGAUCUUUUAAGAGGAUUGCCUGUAUUCAUUAAAGAGAUCAUUGAGAAGUUCACCAGAAACGGUAAUCGUGGCGAGUACUCUGCCGUCUAA